AAACAAAUAAUACUGAUUUUUGUGGCACACCGGUAACGACUGGUUAUUAAUUUGACAAAUUGUUAUUAAACAGCACUUGUUGAGUUCGAUCCGUAAAGUAAGAUUGAAACCAGAGUUUUGCUGUUCCUGAUAUACCAAAUUGUGACAACUCGUCUUUAACCGCAGCAUUCAAAUCAUUGUCUUCCUCAAUUCCUGCUUCAAUUCUGACAUGGUUAUUUGACGACAUUAGCCAGCAUUUUUACAUUUGAAAGCACUUUCAAACAGCAGUUGCAGAACCACUUUACAUUCUCUGUAUUUAUAACCACAUUAAAUGAGGCAUUAAUUUUUUAAACAAUCGCCAACCCAGCGCUUUUUUUCUGAACGCUUAAUGAACUAUUUCAUUUUUUAUAUAAGGAAACGAUAGUUAAUCUAGUAAUUAGUUUUUGCGACAUAAACAUUUCGUAUAUUCAGUUGUUUGACAGUUAUGGAAUCGAUUUGAUACUGGAGCUUUGAUCAUAAAUGCAUCCGUAAUUACCUAGAAAAUUUCCUGUAUUUUCCAGUCACAUCCAAUUCUAACUCUAAAAUACCUCAGUAUAUGUAUCUUUUCUGGUUUUGAUUAAGUCUGAAUAGAAACCAUCUUUGAUAUAUUCAAUCCGGUUCCGUUAUAGUAAAAGCUACACUAACAUGUGUGACAAUAAUGAAUGGGCCUUCAGGUUAAAGGUAAACGCAAGAUUAUUUGUAUGUUCACUAAAAUAGAUUGCUUUCUGAAAACUGACUUUCAUAUGGGUAGUGAAGAAGACUUGUGCCGCGUCAAUUCGUCUCAAGCUGCAACAAGGUUGAGAGACGACAAGAACUUGUAUGAACCAACAAAAGGCGGAAAUGCAAACUCUGCGUACCUGGCGCUACCUUACAUAAUCAUACCCAUCUUUAAAAUCCAAUAUUUUAAUAAACUUGAUCUGAAUAGAAAAUUGUUAAAUGUUUUAGAUCUUGAAUCAAUGAGAGUAGAAAAAGUUUUGAUAGUGUUAGUGGCGAAUCUGAGGAGCAUGAACAUGAAUUUGGCUGCUGUUGCACAUUUACUUAGACCACCAACAAGUGUUAGAUCUGAGCGUUUGUUCAGCGUGGUUAGUGACGUGAAUAAUGACCAUUGCAGUAAGUACAUUGCUUGCUACCAGAUAAGGCCAAAAACCAUAAAAUGCAUAUGCACAAAUCCGGCUCCUGAUUGGUGUUUGCAAAUCCGGUUAAAUUCGGCUGCGGCUGGUCUUGGAAAAGUCAAAUCCGCUAUAGCCCUAGCAAAUGAAUGUCUCUCUUCCAACGAUGCAGUUGCAAUAGCCCAUAUAUAA